UCAGUGUCAAAUUAUCCCAACUACUGUCAUUUUAUUCGUACCUUUCGGAGCAGCGAAUACUGUGUAAAUAGUGUUAAAUAAUUUUCUUAUUCUUAUAAGUUAUUUAUUGUUUCUUGCAUGUUAGCAAAAGUUAUAGGUUUUUAAAGUGUUUACACCAUCGUUUAAACAGUAAUCUUUUGUGUAAAGUUAUCGAUGUUUUCAUGAAAAUAACUUAAUUGAUCAGAAAUGGCAAAUAGAACAGGUACAGCUCAGAGGCCAAAUGGCCAAACUCAAGGAAAAAUUUGCCAAUUUAAAUUGGUUCUGUUGGGCGAAUCUGCCGUAGGAAAAUCCAGUUUAGUGUUGCGGUUUGUUAAAGGACAGUUUCACGAAUACCAAGAAAGUACUAUAGGAGCGGCAUUUUUAACUCAAACCGUUUGUUUAGAUGAUACAACUGUGAAAUUUGAAAUAUGGGACACUGCUGGGCAAGAAAGGUACCACAGUUUAGCUCCCAUGUAUUAUAGAGGUGCUCAGGCAGCCAUAGUCGUUUAUGACAUCACGAAUCAGGAUACGUUCGGCCGGGCAAAGACUUGGGUUAAAGAAUUGCAAAGACAGGCAAGCCCCAAUAUAGUGAUUGCUCUAGCUGGGAAUAAACAGGACCUGGCGAAUAAACGCAUGGUCGAAUUCGAAGAGGCGCACGCCUAUGCGGACGAACACGGUCUCUUGUUUAUGGAGACUUCUGCGAAGACCGCGAUGAAUGUUAAUGAUAUUUUCCUUGCUAUUGCGAAAAAACUUCCUAAAAAUGAACAAGCCGGUGCUCCUGGAGGCGGCGGUCAAGGAAGACGAUUGGUCGACGGUGAUACGGGGCCAAAGGCAGCAGGAAAUUGCUGCAAGUGAUGGCAUUUUAAUUCUAAGGGUUUGACACCCUUUUGUCUAUAAGACACUGAACUGCGUGUGUACGCUAUAGUGAUAUAUAAGUGUAAUAAAAAAAAUAUGGAGCCCCUCUUUAACAUAGUUAUGAACUAUCUCUAAUAUCACAAGUACUAUUUUUAAUUUUUCAAUAUCACAAGUUCUACAAUUAUUGUCCGAUUUAGGCAUUUGGUUUCCACUCCGAAAACGUUAGAAUAAUUAUUUAUAAACAAAAAGCAAAAAGUCCGUGUGAUACGAAAAAAGGUUUUUUGGAAACGUUGCAGUAUAAUUAAUUAUGUAAUUAUUAUCUCUUUUUCUCCUUGGGAUUGGCUAGACAUUGUCGUCGUACACAUUUGUAGAUUAACGUAUCAAAAACAACAAAAAAAGUAAUAUGACCCACUUUUUAGUGUCUAUACGAUAUAAAUAUACAUAUAUAAAUAAAUAUGAAGUACGAUUAAAUAUUUUAUAUUAAUUAUUAUAUAGCAUUUUUCAUUUUCCUUACUCUUUAAGAUCUACUUACUGUUGUUAAUUAUUUUAGAAGUAAAUAAAUUUAUUUAUCUUAUUGUAAAGAUCGAAACCUUGUAAAAAUGUUGGAAGUAGGACGGGAAAUUGGUUUAAUAAAAGAUACAAAUUGUGUUAAGA